AUGUCUGGAAUUGUUCAUGUCAUCAGCGAAGUUGUUGGUUUAUCCAGUCAAAUACAAAAACUACUUCCCUGCGUUAAAGUGAUCAGCAUAGAUGCGAAGAAAGUGAUAGGGAAGGGAACAGAUGAGAAGUUACCAGAGUUGUUAAAAAAUGUUGAAAUUUUAUUGGCAGAUCCACUUGUCAUUACCGAAGCACUUUACAGCGUACCCACCUUGAAAUGGGCACAAUGCACUUGGGCAGGUGUGGACAGUAUAUUCAAAAAACUGGAUAGUUCAAAACCACUUCCAGACUUUCUGUUAACAAGAAGUGGAGAAGGAUUUGGUUCAAUAAUGGCUGAAUAUGUAAUUGGACAAAUUAUUGCAAAAGAAAGAUUCUUCUAUCAAAUUAUGGAUGAGCAAAGGGAAAAGAUAUGGGGCUCUCGAAAGUUGACAUCCUAUCGUAUUCUGUCCAACAUCACCAUUGGGAUUCUUGGGGUCGGACAGAUUGGUACUGAAGUUGCCAAAAAGUGUAAAGCAUUUGGAAUGACCGUGUGGGGUAUGGUUCACUCAAACCCAGAGAAUAGACGGGACACUUGUCCGUAUGUUGAUCAUUUCUGUUCGACAGAUGGUCUUCAUCAUCUACUGUCCAACUCUGACUAUGUUUGUAGCAUUCUGCCAAGUACUACAGCCACUCGGGGCUUACUCAAUGGAAACAUUUUAGAAGCCUGCAAGGAAAGACAAUCUAUUUUCAUUAAUGUUGGUCGAGGAGAUGUCAUUGAAGAAGAAUUUUUGUUGAAAGCCCUGAAGUCUGGUUGGCUGGGAGGUGCUAUAUUGGAUGUCUUUCCCAAAGAACCUCUUGAUAAGAAUUCAGAAUUGUGGAGUCUUCCUAAUGUUGUAAUCACACCUCAUGUUAGUGCAGUCAGCUUCAGUAGCAAUGUUGGGUCUUUAUUCAAAACCAAUUAUAAAUGUUUCAUUGAAGGAAAGGACUUACAUUACAAAGUCAACUGGAAUAAGGCCUACUAA